CGUAGACGAUGCCAAAAUGUGUUAGUUGAAUAUAUUAUAGCCAAGCUCGGUGCGGCAGUCAACGAUCUUGUUUCGGAGAGGUUUGUCAAUUUAUUCUCGUUCUUAGAAUGCAGUUAAUGCAUGCUUUUGUGGCAAGACGCCAGCCGAUUGGGGCAUUUCCAAGCCGGCAAAUAUGGGAAACUACCCUUAGGCCGGCGAUCCCACAAUACGACCACCAGUUGGGGGAAAAACACACUCGCUUUGGAGCUGCAAUAAAUUCCGUGGCUAUCAAGCCGAGAGCUCAGUCUCGCUUCAAAAUCCGACGCGUUAAGAUUGCUAAUUGCUAAGCUCCAACCAGUUGUCGAUCAUCAGAGAAUAUGGAGAACAUACGAUUCGUGGGACAAGCUCUCAGAGCCCUGAUCUUAGGCAGCCUGCUCCUCCUGAUGACAGCCAUUUACCGGGACGAUAACCACGCCGGUUCCCAUUAUAUCCAUCCAAGACAUACAGUGCAGUGAUGAUUACCAUGGUCUCCGAAUUUUCAAUUCAACCUAGUCCACUGUCGUUCGAGAAUGCGCCAGAAUAACCGGUUCGGAUAUAUUGCCGGUUCGACGACAUAUCAUAAUUAUCGACUAACUGCACAAAUAAUAUUAUAUUUAGCUUUAGAAAUAUAUUAUUAUUUAAAACUCAUCCCCUCGUAAAAUAGGUUAACUAAUCUUGUAUAUAUUAUAAAAAAAUAUAUAAAUGUGUUAAUUAUUAAAAUAACAAGUAAGAAUAAAUGAACAUCACAAAGAGUUCUUAACUAAUA